AUGCUGCACCACGCUGCUUUCCUAUUGCACUGCCUCCCGCUGGUCAUGGGACAGUAUGACAUCUGCAAAUCCUGGGUGACCACAGAUGAUGGGCCCAUGUGGGAGUUCUACGCCUGCCAACCUAAGGCGAUGCAGAUGAAGGACUACAUGACAGUGAAAGUGGAUCCCUCAGAGAUCACCUGUGGGAACCCCCCAGAGAGAUUUUGCACUCAUGAGAACCCGUACCUGUGCAGCGAUGAGUGUGACGCCUCCAACCCUGACCUGGCUCACCCACCAAAGCUGAUGUUCGACCGAGAAGAUGAAGGCCUGGCAACCUACUGGCAGAGCGUGACAUGGAGUCGUUACCCAGAGCCCUUGUUGGCCAACAUCACCCUAUCUUGGAACAAGAGCAUCGAGCUGACAGACGACAUUGUAGUGACGUUUGAGUAUGGCCGUCCCACUGUCAUGAUGCUGGAGAAGUCCUUAGACAAUGGCAGGACUUGGCACCCCUAUCAGUACUAUGCGGAUGACUGCAUGGAAGCCUUUGGCAUGCAAGCACGGCGGGUCAGGGAGCUCUCCGCCACCAGCGCCAACAGGAUCAUCUGCACAGAGGAAUAUUCCCGCUGGGCGGGCUCUAAGAAGGAGAAGAAUGUUCGCUUUGAGGUGAGGGACCGUUUUGCCAUUUUUGCUGGCCCGGAUCUCAGAAACAUGGACAACCUGUACACACGGCUGGAAAGUGCCAAGGGUCUGAAGGAGUUCUUCACUGUAACAGACUUGCGGCUGAGGCUCUUGAGGCCGGCGCUUGGGGGCACCUAUGUGCAGAGGGAGAACUUGUACAAAUACUUCUAUGCUGUUUCCAACAUCGAAAUCACUGGCAGGUGUAAAUGCAACCUCCAUGCCAGCCUGUGCACCUUCAAGGAGGGCAGCCUGCAGUGUGAGUGUGACCACAACACCACCGGGCAGGAUUGCGGCAGGUGCAAGAAGAACUUCCGCAGCAAGUCGUGGCGGGCUGGCUCCUACCUGCCCCUCCCCAAUGGCUCUCCUAACGCGUGUGCUGCUCCGAACUUUGGCAACUGUGAGUGUUACGGCCACUCCACCCGCUGCAGCUUCAUCGACUUCCUGAACCUGGUGACCUGCAUCAGCUGCAAGCACAACACGCGGGGCCAGCACUGCCAGCACUGCCGGCUGGGCUACUACCGGAACAGCUCCGCAGAACUCGACGACGAGAACGUCUGCAUCGACUGCAACUGCAACCGAAUCGGCUCGGUGGCCAACCGUUGCAACGACACGGGCUACUGCGACUGCAAGGAAGGCGUCACGGGGCCCAAGUGUGACGACUGCCUGCCCAGCUACUACUGGAGACAGGGCUGCUUCCCGAACGUCUGCGACGACGAGCUCCUGCUGUGCCAGAACGGAGGCACCUGCUACGAGAACCAGCGCUGCCUCUGCCCACCAGGCUUCAAGGGGGUCCUCUGCGAGCAGCACAAGUGCGAAGGGGAGCACCAGGACUGCGACGGGGCCUCCAGCGCCCUCCCCAGCCCCACCGCCUUCCUCCUCAGCGCUCUGGCCCUGCAGCUGCCACACUGGGGGGGCCUCUGA